AUGUGUUACUUUUAUUGGGGUAAACCAUUUCUCCUUAAAGUGGAACAGUUUCUCGGUCGACUUCUCCAAUGGUCCACUGCUGCUAGUAUAGAAUUAUUGAAAAAUAAUCGUAUUAAUAUUUUACUUUCUUUGUUAUCUUAUAAACAAAUAACUUCACCACCUUCACAAUUAAAAGAUCAUAAAAAAAUGAAAAUACUUGAACAAAAUCCUCAAUUACGAGAAACAUUAUUUCCUUGGGCUAUGUCAUUAUGA